GAGCAGGAGGAGGGGGCGGGGGGCGCAGCGGGCCUGGCCGCGGCCGCUCCGAGGUGAACGGCGCCGAGACGGGCUCGCGGCGCGGGGAGGCCGGGCGCGCCGCCGCUAUGAAUUCCGCCGAGCAGACCGUUACGUGGCUCAUUACCUUGGGGGUGCUGGAGUCGCCCAAGAAAACCAUCUCGGACCCGGAGGGCUUCCUGCAGGCGUCUCUGAAGGAUGGGGUGGUCCUCUGCAGGCUGCUGGAGCGCCUGCUGCCCGGGACCAUCGAGAAAGUCUACCCGGAGCCCCGGAGCGAGGGCGAGUGCCUGAGCAACAUCCGCGAGUUCCUGCGAGGCUGCGGGGCCUCCCUGCGCCUGGAGACGUUUGAUGCAAAUGACUUGUAUCAGGGGCAGAAUUUUAACAAGGUCCUGAGUUCCUUAGUGACUCUAAAUAAAGUAACAGCAGACAUUGGACUGGGAAGUGACUCUGUGUGUGCCCGGCCCUCAUCUCAUCGGAUAAAGUCUUUUGACUCCCUGGGAUCCCAGCCUUCUCACAGUCGAACUUCAAAAUUGUUCCAGGGCCAGUAUCGAAGUUUGGACAUGACCGAUAAUAGCAACAAUCAACUGGUAGUAAGAGCAAAGUUUAACUUCCAGCAGACGAAUGAAGAUGAGCUUUCCUUUUCGAAAGGAGAUGUCAUCCAUGUCACUCGAGUGGAGGAAGGGGGUUGGUGGGAGGGCACGCACAACGGCAGGACCGGCUGGUUCCCCAGCAACUACGUGCGAGAGAUCAAGCCCAGUGAAAAGCCCGUGUCGCCCAAAUCCGGUGCAUUGAAGAGCCCUCCCAAAGGAUUUGAUACGACUGCCAUUAACAAAAGCUAUUAUAAUGUGGUGCUACAGAAUAUUUUGGAAACAGAAAAUGAAUAUUCUAAAGAACUUCAGACUGUGCUUUCAACCUAUCUACGGCCGUUACAGACCAGUGAGAAGUUAAGUUCAGCAAACAUUUCACAUUUAAUGGGAAAUCUAGAAGAAAUAUGUUCUUUCCAGCAAAUGCUUGUACAGUCUUUAGAAGAAUGCACCAAGUUGCCUGAAGCUCAGCAGAGAGUUGGAGGCUGCUUUUUAAAUCUGAUGCCACAAAUGAAAACCUUAUACCUUGCGUAUUGUGCCAAUCACCCAUCUGCAGUGAACGUUCUCACGGAGCACAGUGAGGAGUUGGGAGAGUUCAUGGAGAUGAAAGGUGCCAACAGCCCGGGGAUUCUUGUGUUGACCACCGGCCUCAGCAAACCAUUCAUGCGCCUGGAUAAAUACCCCACGCUGCUCAAGGAGCUCGAGAGACACAUGGAGGAUUAUCAUCCAGAUAGACAAGAUAUUCAGAAAUCCAUGACUGCCUUCAAAAACCUUUCAGCCCAGUGUCAAGAAGUGCGGAAAAGGAAAGAGCUCGAGUUGCAGAUCCUGACGGAGGCCAUCCGGAGCUGGGAGGGGGAUGACAUUAAGACCCUGGGCAACGUGGUUUACAUGUCCCAGGUCAUGAUUCAGUGUGCCGGGAGUGAGGAAAAGAAUGAAAGAUACCUUCUGCUCUUCCCAAAUAUUUUGCUAAUGUUGUCUGCCAGUCCUAGGAUGAGUGGUUUUAUCUAUCAGGGAAAGCUACCAACGACAGGAAUGACAAUCACAAAGCUUGAGGACAGUGAAAAUCAUAGAAAUGCAUUUGAAAUAUCAGGGAGCAUGAUUGAGCGGAUAUUAGUGUCAUGCAACAACCAGCAGGAUCUUCAUGAAUGGGUGGACCAUCUACAGAAGCAAACGAAAGUCACGUCUGUCGGCAACCCCACCACCAUUAAGCCUCAUUCUGUGCCAUCUCAUACUCUCCCCUCCCAUCCGAUCACCCCAUCCAGCAAGCACGCGGACAGCAAGCCGGUGCCGCUGGCACCCGCCUACCACACGCUGCCCCACCCCUCCCAUCACGGCACUCCACACACCACCAUCAACUGGGGGCCCCUGGAGCCUCCGAAGACCCCCAAGCCGUGGAGCCUGAGCUGCUUGCGACCCGCACCUCCCCUGCGGCCCUCAGCUGCCCUCUGCUACAAGGAGGAUCUCAGUAAGAGUCCCAAGACCAUGAAAAAGCUGCUCCCUAAGCGCAAACCUGAACGGAAGCCUUCGGACGAAGAGUUUGCGCUGAGGAAAAGCACAGCUGCCUUGGAAGAAGACGCGCAGAUUCUGAAAGUCAUCGAAGCUUAUUGCACAAGCGCCAAAACACGGCAAACACUCAAUUCAAGUUCACGCAAAGAGUCUGCUCCACAAGUUUUGCUUCCAGAAGAAGAGAAGAUUAUAGUCGAAGAAACUAAAAGUAACGGUCAGACGGUGAUAGAAGAAAGGAGUCUUGUUGAUACUGUCUAUGCAUUAAAGGAUGAAGUCCAAGAAUUAAGACAGGAUAACAAAAAGAUGAAGAAGUCUCUGGAGGAAGAACAGAGAGCCCGCAAAGACCUGGAGAAGCUGGUUAGGAAAGUCCUCAAGAACAUGAAUGAUCCUGCUUGGGAUGAGACCAACCUGUAAGGAAAGUCCUUGGUUCUUUUCCGAAGACCAGUUACAAGACCAAGCCAGGAGCCCCAUGACCCCAGCUGGUGUGACACUCAGGACCGCAGGGCAGGGCUGGACGAAAGUCAUUUUCUUUCUGUGCAUAGAAAAGCUGGAGUUUAUCACACAAAUACAAAUGGCCACACUGUCCUGAAGAAUCCAGACAUGAGGUGUAGACACUGGGGAUUGAACUGCAUGAAUCUGACUCUGUAACAUCACAAUUACCUCAUUUUGCAAUAAGUGUAGUGACUGACUACAAGUCCUGGUCCUUCAGGCUUUAUUGAAUAUAUAUAAAUGUCAUACAGACACCUUUCUUGUAAAUGCUCCAUUUUGAAUGCACAUCCAUGACUGUUGUGUCUGGGCUGACGCCCAUGUGAGAAUUCCCUUCCCACUAACCCUCCUGGUCCGUGAGCGGGAGC